GGGGGGGGGGGGGGGGGGGGGGGGGGGGGGGGGGGGGGGGGCGGGCGUCGCGUCGCGUCGCCCGCUUCCCUCUAGGACCGCGCCGCCGGCGGGGAGGAAGGGGCGCGUCUCCCCGGAGCCUUCUUCGCCCCGCGCCCUCUCUUCCCAGGCCCGGUGCCAGAGGGGGUGGGGGUGGGCGCCCCGCGGGUCCCCUCAGGCUCGGCGGUGCCCGGGGCGGGUGUUGGUGUCUUCAGAGUCAUUUAGGCUUUUAGUUCUGAGGAAGUAGAGACACAAAGAUUGAGUCUAUUUUACGUAGAAAGCUACAGCUCUUCACCAGCACUCUUUUUACUCCUUCCUAUCCCUGCUAUAGGGGAGGACAAUUUGGGAAUUAUUUUAACAGUCGUUUACUCCCCUUCCCCCCUCAGAAAUCUACCCUGGUCCCCGAGGCAUCCACUAGACAUUGCCUGUUAUAGGACCAGGAGAACGUUCUCAUUAUCAUCAUCAUCCCUUGCUUGCUUUGGGAGCUUCAGUAGUACCCUUCCCUCCUUUGGAGUGUAGUGCAGAGAGGCAUCCAGAAGACUUCCUUGCCACCCUUUUUGGUUAGUAGAGGAUCCAGGAAAAGGGGUACCUAUCAAGACACGUGACCUCCUUAAGGGAGCCAGAACUGAAGCAGCACUCAGCACGCUGAAGGAAACACCCAUCUUUAGUGUCUUUUUCGUCUUCCACUCCUUCCUCACCAAAUUUCUGCAGUUUCAUUGAAAAGAAACCUUGAAGGGUUGCAACACAAGUCCAAGAUGUGCAGUUCAGUUGCUCCCAGGCUGUGGUUCUUAACAGACCGUCGCAUCAGAGAAGAUUACCCUCAGCAGGAGAUCCUGAGAGCACUGAAGGCCAAAUGCUGUGAAGAGGAGCUGGAUUUCCGGGCCUUGGUGAUGGAUGAAGUGGUGCUGACCAUUGAGGAUGGAAAUCUUGGUCUCCGGGUGAAAGGGGAGCUCAUUACUGCUUACCCACAAGUGGUGGUCGUGCGUGUGCCAACACCUUGGGUCCAGAGUGACAGUGAUAUCACAGUCCUUCGCCACCUAGAGAAGAUGGGCUGUCGAUUGAUGAAUCGUCCCCAAGCCAUCCUCAACUGUGUCAACAAGUUCUGGACAUUUCAAGAACUUGCUGGUCAUGGUGUGCCUCUUCCAGACACUUUUUCAUAUGGUGGUCAUGAGAAUUUUUCCAAAAUGAUUGAUGAGGCGGAAGUGCUGGAGUUCCCUAUGGUGGUGAAGAACACGCGGGGUCAUCGAGGUAAAGCUGUGUUCCUGGCACGAGACAAGCACCAUUUGGCAGACCUAAGCCAUUUGAUCCGUCACGAUGCCCCUUACUUAUUUCAAAAAUAUGUUAAAGAGUCCCACGGCAAGGACGUACGUGUCAUCGUAGUAGGAGGCCGUGUGGUGGGCACCAUGCUCCGCUGCUCAACAGAUGGGAGGAUGCAGAGUAACUGCUCACUUGGUGGUGUAGGAAUGAUGUGCUCACUGAGUGAACAAGGCAAGCAGUUGGCAGUCCAAGUGUCAAACAUCCUGGGGAUGGACGUGUGCGGCAUUGACCUGCUGAUGAAGGACGACGGUUCAUUCUACGUCUGCGAGGCCAAUGCAAAUGUAGGUUUCAUUGCCUUUGACAAGGCUUGUAAUUUAGAUGUAGCUGGUAUCAUAGCAGACUAUGCCGCUUCUCUGCUCACCCCCGGCCGCUUGACGCGGCGCAUGUCCUUGCUCUCCGUGGUGUCCACGGCAAGCGAGACUAGCGAGCCAGAGCUGGGCCCUCCAGCUAGUGCCGCUGUCGACAAUAUGAGUGCUAGCUCCAGCUCUGUCGACAGCGACCCUGAGACCACGGAGAGAGAGUUGCUCACCAAGCUCCCGGGGGCUCUUUUCAACAUGAACCAGCUAUUAGCCAAUGAGAUUAAACUCCUGGUGGAGUGAUGCCACGUGUAAAUAGAUGACCAACAGAACUCUCUCUUGUAAAUUUUUUUUUUUAAGCCAACUUGCAAUGCUGUUUAUCCGAGACGCUCAGAGGAAAUGAGGAAAGGGGGUGGGUGUGUCAGUCAAGAGAGCAAGAGUAAAAGCCACACGUCCUGUGAUUGCUGUCCCUGCUUUUUUGCAGAACAUUAAAUUGUCUUCAUUCUUCAGCAUCAGCUUUACAAUAAAGAUGUUCAGUUCAUAACCAGGCGGCAGUUUUAUUUGGAUGCUGCUUUGGUCCCCAGAUAUAUUACAGUUCAUGUGUCUUCACAGGCAGGCAUUGAAGCAUGAUUCACACUUCAAGAUUUCAGAAAGUUGUCUGGCAGCUCUCUAGAAAACUUCUGUGAAUUACUGCACCAGUUAAGUCUCUUCUACCUCUGUAAGGCUUGAUCCUGUAAAUUGCUGAGUGCCUCAAAUUCUUUAUGUGAGUUGAAGGUGUUAAAUACCAAGUAUUUCAAAAUUCCUGGACACUUACUGUUCCUACUCUUUUAGGUGGGAGCUGUAAGUUCAGGAUCCUUUUAAAGUCAUCACUUUCUGGCCUUGCAGGAUACGGCCUUUCAAAUGGUGAGGCUGAGAGAAGUGUCAGUUGACUUAACAAGAACUUCCUGUAAAAAUCUGUAACUUGUACCAUCUUGGUAUUAAGUGGCAGCUUUGUGUCUAAAUUUCUUUAUAAAGCUUUUGAAGGAG